AUACUAUUAAAUGGCACUCAUCAAUCAUCACUUGCACAAGAAUAUUACACUUUGAGUGCCAUUAUUGGGUCCUGGGUUCGAGACAAGACACCCACAUUCCCUAAACCCUUCCAAAUCCAAUUCAACAACAAAAAUACGCAACAGUCACCGGUUCUCUUCACCUAAUCUGAAUCACACUCUCUUCGUUGCUUCAGUUCAUCUCCUCAUAUCUACAACUCUCCCUCAUUCUCUGGUUCUUUUCUCACUCCAAACUGAACUGCAAAAUUUUGGUUUUGUUCACUCAAUACAGGGUGCGAUUUGCUUCCAUUUUCCAGUCAUUCCCAUACUCCUUAGGCUAUUGUAUGCUUCUACUAAUAAGGAGGAGUUGUUAUUGGGUUCUGAGAAACAUGUUGAAACAAGUAAUUGGCAGAAUCUGUAGAACCGAUGUUUAUGCUUGUGAAGGAAACAGAGUUUUGCCUUGGAUUUAUGUGCCUUCAUGCUUUUUCCACCAUGGACAAGCGCACAUGGCACCUAGAAGCUUUUUUGGGGUAGAGGAUUUCCUUGACGAUGACAAUAGCCGACCUUACACAUACCAAAAAGGGAAGAAGUCAAAGAAUCCCAAUAAGCACAUAUCAUUCAAACAAAGAACAAUUGCCUACAUGGAGCCUUUUACACUUGAUGUGUUUAUCUCGAAACGUUUUGUAUCAGCUUCACUCACUCAUAGGGUAACAAGCAAACAGGUUGCAGUUGCCGGGACCAACUCCAAGGACAUAAAAGCUGUUCUUAGGUCUCGUUCCGACAUACCGGCAUGCAUAGCCAUUGGUAGGAUUUUAGCUGAAAGAGCAAAAGAAGCUGAUGUUUACACUGGUUCUUAUACUCCAAGGGAUAGGGACAAGUUUGAAGGGAAAAUCAGAGCUGUAGUUCAAUCACUUAUUGAUAAUGGGAUUGAUAUCAAGGUUUAUCUUGAUUGAGUUGAGUCACUCAAGUUUUUGGGACUAUCAGUUUAGCUGUUGAUAUUUCGGUUCGCCUUGUGUGUUUGAACAUGUCCAUUUAGUUUGGUUUCUAUGAUAAUGGGAAUAUAUCAUUAUUCGAAUUACAGAUUUCGUAAUUUAGUUUUAUGAAUGAGUUAUGUUGUC